AUGCCGUCAGUCUUCAAGAAACAAAGCAUUACUAGCAGGAGCACAAAGACAGACACGUCACCCCCAACACCACUAACACACCCCAGCACCACCAACACACCGACAGAGACACCUCACCAUCCAGCACCACCAAAACACCGACAGAGACACCUCACCCCAGCACCACCAACACACCGACAAAGACACCUCACCCAAGCACCACCAACACACCGACAGAGACACCUCACCCCAUCACCACCAACACACCAACAGAGACACCUCACCCCAGCACCACCAACACACCGACAGAGACACCUCACACCAGCACCACCAAAACACCGACAGAGACACCUCACCCCAGCACCACCAACACACCGACAGAGACACCUCACCAUCCAGCACCACCAAAACACCGACAGAGACACCUCACCCCAGCACCACCAACACAUCGACAGAGACACCUCACCCCCAGCACCACCAACACACCGACAGAGACACCACUCUAGCACCGCCAACACACUGACAGAGACACCUCACACCAGCACCACUAACACACCGAUAAAGACACCUCACCCAGGCACCACCAACACACCGAAAUAUGACAAAAAACGUUUACAAAUAUACAGUAAUACUAAACCUGAAUUCUAA